UCAUCUACACCCAAGAUAUUUCAAGGUAUUGAAAAGAGUAUAUAAGUCAGGAAAUGAAAUCAAUAAGGCAUCGCUAGUUGCUCAGCACUUACAACUUCCGAAAAUGAUUGCUAAGAUCGCUCUUCUCCUUGCUGUUGUUGCAGCUGCUCAGUCUUCCACUUUGCUUGCUCCUGGACUAUUGAAUGCUGGAAUUCUAGCACCCUCAGCUGUUUCCAUGAGUUCUGCCGUUGCCAUCCCCGGUGCUGUCACCACCGACAACAGAAUCAUCGGAAAUGGAUUAUGGGCCGGUUCUCCCCUUUUACUUAGCAACGGAAUCAUCGGAAACCGCUUAAUCGGAGCUUCUCCUCUUGCACUGAGCAAUGGGAUCAUCUCUCCUAUCGGCCCCCGUGGUGCUAGCUUACUUGCAGCGCCCGGAAUGGUCAAAACCAUUCUCAAAUAAAUAUAUAUUGUGCACUUGAAUUUUCUGUAUUAAUAAAUGAAUAACGCUUAAUAUAUCUUAAUAAAUAAUUUCCUUCAAGUUAAGAUUUUAAGUUGAUUUUUUAAUCUUCUGCCUAUCAAAACCUUAUACUUACGGAUCCUUAAUUUUGUGGCAGUUACUGAUACAUGGCUUUUUGCUACGUAAAAAAAAGUGCUAUAUUCUCAAAACAUUUCUAAACGUUAAAAAUUUUUUUAAAUUAAAUUUUUUUGUAAGACCGAUUCCUGGAAAGGUCUUAAUCAUACUUGAUUUGCAUAUGAGCUUUGAUCACAUGAAAGCAGAAGGUAAACUCCCUCUAAAUACAAGGGGAGAAGGGGCUGCGUGGUAGCUACCAAUUUACACAUUUGUAUUAAAGCUUUUUGAAGGGGAAAUAAUACGACCAUUUAAAAUGAAGGAAAAUAAUUAUUCAGAAUACGUAAAGAGUUUGAAGUUAUAUAUCAAAAUAUUUUGUAAUAUUUUGUAAAUUUUAUAAUAAAUCUGAAAAAAAUUAUAUUAUUGGAAUUUGGAAUGCAAAAGUAGCUAGAGUUAGUGAAAGACAAACAAUUUAAUAGCAUUUCUCAGAAAUCGAAUCUUUUGUUUACGUGAACAGAAUAAAACUCAAGUUUUACAAUGACUCUUUUUACUUCCUU